UAAGGGGUGGGACGACAAUGCAGUUGGUUUUAAAAUAAGGAAGGCAACACAAACAGCGAACCACCUCUCCAGUUGGUUGGACGUGGGAACCACUGUUGAUUUAAUUUCAUGGUCUCUGGACUCCCAUCAGAAUCGGACGUUAGCCGACUACAAUCGCAACGGUCAAAUGUGGAUCGCGGCGCUUUUUGCGCGCGAAUGAGCCAGUAAGGGGCUUCUAUAGCAUUAUGGAGCAGCCAGUGACCCGGACUGCUCUGUGACCUCUCCUUGACAAGAGGAUUCCAACCUGGCUUUUCUACUUUUUAUACCGCUCCUUGGAUGUCUGAAUAUCCUAGAUAAACAAACCCUGACCACGUUUCAUUGAGGUUCUCAAACCAGGCGGCCUUGGAAAAAGACUGGUUCAAACCAACCAGUCAGCAGAUUCUCCUCAGUUAAACAAACACACAAACAAGGUGUCAAGCAGACAGUUCAACAAGGCAACAAUGGAGACAUUGCCCCAAGACUCUAUCCUUGAGUGCCAGAUCUGCUUCAACUACUACAGCCCCCGUCGGCGACCCAAGCUGCUGGACUGUCGGCACACGUGCUGCUCCGUGUGCCUGACUCAAAUGCGGGGUGGUCAGCGUGAGGUCCGCUGUCCCUGGUGCCGUCGCAUCACCAAAUUGCCUGCCGGCCUGUCCGUGUCCCAGCUGCCUGACGACCCGGACCUGGUGGCGGUGGUGGCCAUCCCGCACGCCUCUGAGCACACGCCCGUCUUCAUCCGCCUGCCCAGCAAUGGCUGCUACAUGCUGCCCCUGCCCAUGGCCAAGGAGCGGGCGCUGCUGCCAGGCGAGCUGGGCUGCCGGCUGCUGCCGGGGGGAGCGGCAGGUUUGGCAGCAGGACGAAAGGGCAACGGGGUCGCGGUGGUGGCCAUGACGGAGCAGGAGCCCCUGGGGCUGGGCAGUCUGGAGGGUCUGGAGAUGGGGGAGGGGAGGAGAGGAGGAGUGGUGGGAGGAGGAGGCGGCGUGGGCGGGAAGGGCUCCACGUGGUCGGGGGUGUGCACGGUCAUCCUCGUGGCUUGCGUGCUGCUCUUCUUGUUGGGCAUCGUGCUCCACAACAUGUCCUGCAUCUCCAAGCGCUUCACCGUCAUCUCCUGUGGCUGAUCACACACACAGGUCCCUGUGUGUUUUAAAAGCCCCACAACCAUUCACUCACACACACAUGUAUACACCCUCACACACAUGUACACACACACACACACACACACACACACACACACACACACACACACACACACACACACACCUGACAUCCUCCCAUGGUGAUGCCUGUGUUUGGACACACUGAACUCAAUUAGAAAUAAUCCCUGCAUAUGUCUUGGAGGGGAUGUGGACAUUCAAAACUGGCCUUAUGGAUUGUCUGGAAGUUUGAAGUUUGUGGGACUGGAGAAAUGCAGUUCAUACAAACACAAUUACUCUAACAUACAUACAAACAAGCAAACACACCAACACCAACACCAACACACACACACACACACACACACAGCUACAUUCCUGUCAUUGGAUACUCCUGUUCUCUCGGAGCUGAUCAACUUGCCUAUGGCACUGGAGAGAAAAGAACAGGGUGUGUCCUGCCAGUAGCCCUGAUGCCGGCUGGACUCCAUGUGUCUCUAUGUGUGGUCAGUAGGUCUUGGCCAGUAGAAGCCUUUACUUUCACGGUUAUUAAUUACUGUUUGUUUUUAUCUUUGUAGGUGAAAGAGUACACAACAUACACAAAGUGAGAUGCAAUAUAAUCCAGUAGCUAGACCUUGGCCUGGCUUGUUUAGUUUAACCAACAACAAUUGCACCUUGUGUUAACACGUAGAUAUGCUCGCAAUGUAGUCGAGUAUAUAUGUGAAUGGGUUCCUGUAAUCAGUACUGAUCUUCUUUGUUUUGGUUUCCUUUCCUCGCCAGGAAACCAAGGUACCACCAGGAUGGACAUGCCUUUGUUCAUAACAACGUAUGCAGUGAUCACUCAAUCUUGGUGUUGUCAAAAGCAAACUCAAAACUAAAAAGAACAGGGAGAUAUGUUCAUAUAAUUAUAUUAUACCAGCAACAUGUCAUUUAAAGCACAGAUUCCAGUGGUUGGAGACCAGAUAGUAAUAACAACAGUGUGUUAUUUAAGGGAUUCCCAGGGGAAACUGCUGUAUAUAUCUUUUUGUUCUUUAAUGUCCUCUUGUCCACCGAAGAAAAUACAAUGCAGGUGCUGCUUUUAAGACAGAAGAGGUCAAUGUUUGAUCUUGCCUGUAGCACAAACACACACACACACACACACACACACACACACACACACACACACACACACACACACACACACACACACACACACAUACUCUCCCCGCAUUCAUUGAUCUGGUGCUGAGUGCAGGCUUCGACUCAUGUAAUAGAGCGAUGGAUCUUUCUAACAGUGAUCAUAGUGUGUGUGUGUGUGUGUGUGUGAGAGAGAGUGUGUGCUUGUGUAUGUGUGGCUGAACUAGCUACACAGUAAUCUCAUUGAUUUAUAAACUGUGGUUGUCUGCAGAGACCUUUGACUUCUCCACCUUUUUGUGCCAAAUCAUUUUUCCCUCUUGUCUCUCUUUUCAGUUAAGAGUGUACACACAAACAAACAGGGUGAAGAAUUUUGUAUAGGCAAUGUGUGAAAAGAAAAAUGAUUGUAUUUCACUGUUUGCAGUUAAGUGUGUUUUUGUAUCGACUGAGGAAGCAGCAUUUUGUCUACAGGCUAUGACAGAGGAAUUUCAGCACGUCCUGUUGCAAUGUUUUUUUUCUUUUUCUGUUUUUUUUCUCCCUGAUCGUUGUGGAAACUGUAAAAAAAAAUGUUCAUACUAGUUGUCAGUGUGUCAGACAUGUCUGACAAACUCUUACAACAUCUGUAGAACCUGAAAUUGUGGCUUCUAGAUAGUGAAAUGGGGAAACUAGAACAAGGAACCUAUAUGUGUUCCAGUCUGAGCUGUUGGUCCUGAAAGCCCCAGCUGGUUGGCCAGUGUUCCUCAUCUAGGUAGAGAAGUGAAACCUUAUAGCAUGGAUGAGCCCCACUGUGGUUAAAACAACUCACUUACUGCAUGUUACUGUGGCAUGGAAGGUUUAGCCAUGAGGGCAGGUAGGCUAAAACUGGAUGAAAUGAUCAAUGAAUGUGGGUAUCAAAACAAAGAAAAAAGGGACCGAGGGAUAGAGAGAUUCAGACAGCAUUAGGCCCCUGGAUUUGGUGACUGAUAGGAAAUAAUCAGAUCAUGCACUCGCUGAUCCCAUAUCUCCAGCCUGUUAACUUUGUGAUGGCACUUCAGAGACAGAAGCCAUCAACAAACUAGUGCAUUCGGCACCUUCUGUGGCAAUAUCAAAAUUGACUGUUAAGUAACCAUUGUGUUUGUGUAUGUGUGUGUGUGUGUGUGUGUGUGUGUGUGUGUGUGUGUGUGUGUGUGUGUGUGUGUGUGUACAUGCGUGCACGCACACUCUUGUCCAGGAAUACAUUCAACAUAUUCAGUAACUUCAGCAGAUAUUAACCAUGCUGUAUUUGGGCUUUGACAAUGUCAGUGGAUGGAAUGUAUUCUGCUGCAGUCAAACUUGCUCCCUCUUAGAUCUUGUUUCCUCUCCUCUCGGUCCAUGGGCUUUGGUGCCUUUUGAUUGGUCCAUGUCAGUCAGUGGUUUAUUUCAUUUCUUGAGAAGAGCUGAAAAGUGUCAACAUCUAUGAAGGGAGUAAGGCAUCUUUGGGGACUAAAUUGAUUGGUUUUGGCCUUGUAGUUUCUUUGACAUAUCUACUUUUAUGGGAUUCAAAACUAAGCAUCUAAUGGACUGAUGCAAGGAACAGGUGCCUGAGAAAGGAGUACAUUGUGGCAGUAGUCAGUAGUAACCUUUUUUGCCCAUCUACAUGUACCUUCCAUUUCUCUCCACCAACAAACAAAGCAACAUUUAAAAGAGAGUCAAUAUUGGUCUUUCAAGACUGGUUAACACAAUAUACUACCUGUGUGUGUGUGUGUGUGUGUGUGUGUGUGAGAGAGAGAGACAGGUGAAUGAUGUAGGGUGUGUGUGCAUUAUGUUUGUGUUGUACAGUACUUCUGUUGUAAUGUUUGUUCAUGUCCCAGGGUUUACUAUUAAAUAAUACUUUGAAUCAA